AGGGCAUUGAAUAAUUGAAUAUUUAUAUUUUUUGUUUGGACUUUGUUAUAUGGAAAAACUUUCGAUUUCUCUUUUAUUAAUCAUCAAAUUAUAUGCCUUGUGCAUAUUUACUUUUAAUCUAAAGUAAACUAUUGAUUUGAGCAUAGUUCAAUUUUCAAUCUAUUGUCUGGGACAUUUAUUAUCAUUUCUGGUAUUGGUAUUAUAAUAGAAGGAAAGGUAUUGACAUCGAUUUGAGUUAUUGUGGUACCACAUUUCUUAACUGAUUUUAAUUGCCUUUCAUUAAUUUUUAUAAUUUUCUUAAAAUUCAGUUUGACGUUCCAGAAAACAUGACAACUAACGGAAACACAUUCUGCUCGCAAAUCAUCGAUGGCAAAAAAGUUGCCGAAGAAAUCCAGAAGGAGCUGAAGAGAGAUAUAGACACAUGGGUGAGCGAAGGGCACCGGGCUCCAUCUUUGACUGCCAUUUUGGUAGGAGAGGAUCCGGCUAGCAACAAAUAUGUUCGGAAUAAGAUGACUGCUGCUAAAAAAGUUGGUAUAACUAGCAAAACUUUAAAAUUAUCAAAAGACUUAACGGAACAAGAACUGAUUGACAAAAUAAAGGAACUUAACGAAGACCCUUCGGUGGACGGUAUUCUAGUACAGCUCCCAGUCCCCGAACACAUCUCGGAGAGAAAAGUAUGCAAUGCCGUAGAUCCUAAAAAAGAUGUAGAUGGAUUCCACAUUACCAACAUGGGUCGGUUGGCUCUCAAUCUGGAUACGCUAGUGCCCUGCACCGCUUUGGGUGUCAUCGAACUCAUCAAAAGGUCCCACAUUGAUACCUUCGGCAAGAACGUAGUAGUGUGUGGUAGAUCCAAGAACGUAGGUCUUCCGAUAGCCUUGCUUCUUCACUCUGACGCUAGAAACGAAUGUCCAGGUCAUGAAGCCACCGUCACCUUGUGUCACAGACACACCCCUCCAGAAGAAUUGGAGUUUUUCGUUAAGCGAGCUGACAUUGUCAUAAGUGCCACCGGUGUAGUUAACUUGAUCAAACCAGAUAUGAUCAAGCCUGGAGCAUGUAUUAUCGACGUUGGUAUUACAAGGAUACCAACCGAAGAUGGCAAGGACAAAAUUGUAGGAGAUGUUGAUUUUGAAGGUUGUUCUGAUGUUGCUGGCUACAUCACUCCUGUCCCUGGUGGAGUGGGACCUAUGACUGUAGCAAUGCUAAUGUCAAAUACCUUUAAAGCUGCCCAACUUAUGGUGGAAGGGGCUGCUAAGGUUGUUAAAGCCAACGGGCAUUAAAUUUAAUGUUAAACCAAAACAAAAAAGCAUGUUGGGCUUUAAAGAUAUUUUUCAAAUGUUAAUUUAUAGAAUAUUGUGAGUUUAAUUCUUGAUAUGACAGAAAUACGGCCUUGAUACUCUACUAUUCUAAGGAAUCUCCAAUGUAUACUUUUUCUUUAUGUACCUUAUGUACAUACUUUUCACGUGAUUUUCUAAACCUGGAUAAUGGAUUGUGUACAAAGAAGAGAGUGAUAUGACAAACUGAUGUACUUAGAAAUAUUUGAAGCAUUUUCGAAAACCUAAAAGUCUAUGAAGUAACAUUAAGGUUAAUGUUGAUAGAAAUCAUGGUCCAGUUUUUAAGAAUAGAUAAACAACAUAUACAGUGUAUCUACGUAACUUGGAACCAUAUGGCAAAUUUUUUCCAAAAUGUGCGUCCAAAAAGUAUGCCUCACCCUGUCUUUCAGAAAUUUUUGUUUAUUAAUUGUACAAGAAAAAGCUUUGUAUGGUGUAAAACUUAAAACCUGCAACCAUCGGAUAUGAAAUUUUAUCAAUCUUAUACGAGGUAUGUCAAAAAAUAUGACUUUCACUCAAUAGUAAGGUGCAUUUAUAUUUCCCAACAUUGAAAAUUGUUUGGAAUUAAAAAUUAUGUUUUAAUAUGAAACUACUUCCUUCUAAUUAAAAAUAAAAAUUUUGCAAAUUUUUCUCAUGAUUUUAUUUAUUAAAAAUAUGAUAACUCUUCCAUUCCGAUAAAAAAUGAUAGGCAAAUUUUCACAAAAUAAAAUAUAUUAAAAAUCUAACGAACGUUGAAGAGUUCAUAGCCUUUUUUUCUAUCGGAACAAAAGAAUAAUCAUAUUUAUAAUAAAUAAAAAUUAUGUUCAGUAUCAGUAAUUUGAGAAAUCAGUCAUUUGUAAUUUUUUUUAUUUAAAGGAUGAAAUUGCAUAUUAAAAUAUAGUUUUUAAUUCCAAACGUCUUUUCAUAAUAACAAUCUUCAAUAUUUAAAAUAUAAGUUUUUUACUUUUGAGAGAAAUUCAUAUUUUUUGACAAACCUCCUAUAAAAUUGAUAACAAUUUGAUAUCUGGUGGUUGCAUUUUGGAUUUUAAAUCAUGCAGAGCUUUUUAUGAAAAGAAUAACUUUUUUCGUAAAAUUAAUAAUAAGAAAGUUCCCUAUAUGGCUUCAAGUUACACACAUUGUAGAUUGAUCAUACUUUAAUAAUAUAUUGAAGCCUGUUAAGUAUUUAUCUUAUUUAUAUUUAAUGUUUUCUGUUUCUAUAUAAACCGAAAAUUUUAUUAAGCCAACACAUGCUUUAUAUUUUGUUUGUUUUUGCCUUAAACAUUUGGUUUCGUGGUUAUUUUUAUAGCGUUUUAUUUUGACAUUGUUAAAUAUUGAUUACCAGUGUAAUUAAUUUGCACAGUAUUAUAAUUUAUGAUUUUUUAGUCGUUUGCCAAUUUACAAUUAUUAUUCAAUAAAAAUUAUAUUUUAUAAAUAUAUUGUUAAAUUAC